GUAUGGUGCGCAGUGCGGAUUUUGAUUGGUUCUCUUUUACAUCCAACGAUUUUCAUAUGUAUCGCGUAAAUCUAUUAUCGUUCUCGGUGAUAAUUACGAUUGUGCUUGGAAAAAUUUCGGCUUUAUCAAGUUAAUAUUUUUGAUUCCUGUUGGGUGAUUUGACUCAUGUUGAUGAAAACCCUUUCGAUAUCAGGUGUCGUGAAAUACUUCUUCGCAUGAUAGUGUUCUUUGCAAAUUGAAAUGCAACAGAAAUAAACAAGUUUUUCGAGAGUUUUGUUUGUUUGGAUCAGUUACCAACACAUCACUGGCAUCCCAUGUGAUGUGAGCUGCGAUUUAUGCCGUAUUGGAUUUUCAUGGCGAUUUGCAUACAGCCGAAUCUGUUAAUAUCGAGCAAAAAAAAAAACUAGUGCUAGUGCGAUAGUGAAAGAAUUUCCUGUCGAAAAAGUUACUGCUUGCUUCGGAUUACAUUUAUGUGUUGUUUCGUAUCACAAGGUGGAGGACAGUGCGAAAUUGUGUCUUUCUAGCUAAAAUUACAUGGCAGUUUGUUCAUCUUGCGGUAGUGUCAGAAUCAGGAAGAACGCGCCUGCCGCAACAGAAAUUCUCUCGGAGUAGUGUUAGUGGUUGUGCUAUCCGUAUGGAGAAUCGAUUUCCUGGGAAAAUGUGGAAGUAAUUGAGUGGUUGCUUUGCACCACGUGAAAAAAAAUAGUAGUCCGGCUGUGGGAAACAAAAUGUCAAAAAUUGACAUUUGUCAGUCGAAAUCUGUGGCUUUUGUUGGUAUCGGUGUUUGUACCUGAUCCUGAAGGCCUACAUGCGUUAUCGCCUACGUGAAACUUGCUUUUGUGAUAAGAAGAGUGUAGUGUUUAUUUUUGAUAGCAAAUCAGAGUAGCAUCAACCGUAAAGAGGAGACUAUUUAUCUGUAGAGAGUGUGAUUCAUAGCGUAUUGUUUUCGCUGUUCGCAUGUGUAGCAGCAACUACGGAGAACCGAAAAAGUUGCAGUUCAUUAUUACAAUGAGUGCUGGGGCCCAUGAGUUUCUGUGCGGCCUGAGGUUCCGAAGAGUCGUUCUAUAGGAUACUUUCGUAUCAAGUGAGAGGUGAGACAGGUCGUAUUCUGGCUUACCGACUUAGUGAGACCGAGAGUGCGAGAUGGCAGAGCAAUCCACCCGGUCGGUUCCGGCUUGCCCUCCUUUGCCAAAAGGACUGGUGGGUGCCACUCGAAAAGCACCACAACCACAGUCCGAGAAGGUGAACAGGGUUUCGACGAAUUCAUCCGCUACCGACAAAAGUAGUUUAGUGUUGGUUCCUUGUAAAUCAAACAGUGCACGUCUGAUGGACGGUGAUCCUGACCGGUUGUCGGUUACGCUGGAAGAUGUACUGAAAACGUUCAACGCACCCAUCUCCGAGGAUCAAGCCUGGGCGUUGAUAUACCAGAGUGCCCGUAUGUUCAAGGCCAAGUUGCAAGAGACCAACUGUCGAUUGCGGGAUUUGCGAUUACCGGUCGAAACGCGACAUCUGAAUGUGCACAAGGACGGCAGCUGCUUCGUGACGGUCGGUGAUAAAGACAAAAACUUGUACGUGGCAUCGUCUCAGAAAAAGAUCCUACUGAAACUCGGUAUUGUCGUCUACACCGCACUUGACUACAACCUGCCCUCGAAUGAAGACUGUCCCAUGUCGCACGAGCUGGAAGAGCUGAUCGACUUCAUGACAGCCGACGACAAUGACGAUGAGGGCAUCGAACAUGAUUCCGAAGAACCAAUCACCGACGAAGAUGAAGCCGUCAUCAUGGCAGAUCAUGUAGAUGGCUUGGCGAUGGCUUCUGACCAUCGGCAUCAGUGUAAUGGAAACGAUGGAGGUCCUCCAGGUAAUCGUAGGGGAGCCGUACAAGGGAGCGAAAAACAUCAACACAUCGAUAGUAGUAAGAAACAAUCACAACAUGAAACCAAAGAAUUGGAUCACGUACUGGCGUUCUGCUCGUCACGUGUGUCCCCCUCCAAACCGGAAGAUCACUACCGGGCCGUAUGCCGGGCGUUGGCUACCGAAACGCUCGAGCUAAGAACGUUCCUACAGCGAGUAUGUCAGGGAGAUGCGGAAGUGCUGCGAUUGAAGGCCCAAGCGGAAACCUCCGGCAAGGAGCUGGAAAAGAUACACUUCAGCGACUGGUCGGACGACCUCAGGAUUUGGCAAGCAUUGCAAGCACGCUUCUGGAUGCAGGUGGUAGACGAACUGCGGCGGGGAGUUAGACUGAAAAAGAUCAACUUCUCCCGAACGCCGAUCGAGUACGAGCUGACGCCAUACGAAAUCCUGAUGGAGGACAUCCGUUCCAGAAAGUACAAUCUUCGCAAAGUGAUGGUCGACGGUGACAUUCCACCGAAGGUGAAAAAAGAUGCUCACGCAGUCAUCCUUGAGUUUAUCCGAUCACGGCCACCGCUUCGGAAGGCUUCGGAAAGGAAACUUGCUCCGCAACCUUUGAAACGUGUUGCCUGUCCACGGGAGCAGCUGCUCGAUUCAAUCCGGAAAGGACGUGUGCUGAAACCGGUGCAUCCCAAGCUGAAAACAAGACUUUUACCAACCACACAAAUAGAUAGCGUAAAAAAAUCAUGUGAUGAAAUAGGAAAUAGUAGUAGCAGUAGUAGCGGUAGCAAUAGUCAUAGCACAACAAACGUAUCGUCAUCAGCUGCACCUGCAGUGGCAACGGCUAAUGCAUCAGCGACCAAGGGAUCCGCUAGCAGCAGCAGCACUGCUAGGGCGACACCUGCAACGAUGGCACCGAGUAAAUCCUCCGUAUCAUCAUCCCUCUCAACGAUGUAUUUCAACUCACCAAGGAACACACUAAGACUGAUUCCAGUAGAUUUUUCACUGUUUGAGGAUGAUGAUUUCAUAAUCGACACGGCAGCGAACGGGGAAUUCACGAACGGAAGUGCCAGUAGUAGCAGCAGCACCAGUCAACCGAGAGCCAAUGGAAUCGCUGGCAACGGAUACGGCCGUUAUGCAACACUGGCUGCCGGCAGUAAACGCUACGGCACCGGAACCAGUGACGCCAGUACAAAUCUCAUCAACAAUGAGAACAAUCAGAACAAUAUCAACACCGUUCUGAGGCGGACAAAGAAUAUCAUAACACAUGACGAGUACCAUAGGUUCUGUGAUAAAGCACUUGAAACGUACGACUUGGCAACCCAAUGUGAGUCGCGUCGAGCUUCCAUGCGGAGGCACACCAUCAUCGGUUGUAAUCAGAACUACAAACUGGACCCACUGAGUAGUCAAUCGAUGCCUCCUUCGCGACCAGCAUCCAGACAAUCCGACCACGGACAGAACCAGCCGCAGACACAACAGCAACAGCAGCCGCAGCAACAGCGACAACAACAAAUACAGCCAAGUCGCAUUAUUAACGGAAGUAGUCGGUUGGCGGGGGAUUUGGUGAGUAGCAGCAAUGUUUCCUCACUGGACACCUGGACCAAAAACUCACUGGACGAACACCAGUGGAGGGACACCUUCAAUCUCAAUGAUCGACUUUCGCUGACUCUGGAAGAGAUCGUUCAUAUCCGGUCAGUUAUGACGAAGGCCGAACUGGAAGGCCUCCCGGUCGAUGUGCAUAUCAAGGAGGAUGUGGAGAAACGCAAAGUUUGCUUCCUUUGCCUGCGAACGCGCUUUACUCUGUUCGCCAGGGGGAUCCUGUGCAAACUUUGUCAGCGAACAGUUUGCAAUAAAUGCAAUCAAAAGAUGCGAAUACCGACGGAACAUUUUCGAAAUGUCCCGGUGGUUCUGCUUUCACCCUCGCUGAUGAGCAGUCCGUGCACCUCGAACACCCCGUCGCCAAGCCACCAUGCCCACGGAGGUUCCGGCCCGCACAGCAUGGUGGAUGAAUCGUUUCCGCGGUCACUGAUGGAGCGACUGUUGCGGCCCGAAUUAGACCGAAAGAUUCGCAACACAGUCGGCAGUGCUCCAUCGUCACCAAAGAAUCAGCGUUCGGCCUCCAGUACGCCGGGUACGAGUUUACAGGGCGAACCUCUGUCACUUCCCAGCGCUACAACCACAAACGGUGCCAAAAAUAGUACGACAACGAGCAGCCAGCAAACUGCCGCCGGCCAGAAAAGCUCCCUGAUGUCCCGUAGCAUGGAAGGCCCGCACAGUUUACCACCGCAGAGUCCUGCGCGACCACACUCCAACAAUAGCACACUGGAUCGAAGUACUUCCAGGACUCGGUUCGCCAAAGCAUUCACCCUCACGGCAGCGGCGGCUGCUGGACAAAGUUCUGCAUUCGAUCCCCAAAAGGAACGGCUGACCGGUGAACUGAUGGCCGUGUGCAACGACUGUCGCAGCCUGGUGCUGGAGAUUAUUCGAUCGUCGCGCCAAACGCGAUCUUCUGCGCAAAAUCAAGCGCUUCGAAAUUUGACGCUAGAUCUGUCACCCGUCUACAAACGCUGAGACGAGAAGAAACCCUUCCAUCGUACCUAAAUCAGGGGAGAGGUGGAAGGUGGGAAACUACGUGAAAACUCGAUCUUUUGUUCUUGUGUUUUUGUCUGUUUUUGUCUCUGUUUCCACCGUUUCGGUGCCCAACUUUCAGGAAUUCACUUCUCGAGAGGUGCUAACUGCUAUAUACCUUCGAACCUUUGAACCCGAGAAACUGAACAAUUGUAAAAAGCGAUUGAAGUUUAUUUAAUUUAUUUAUUGCUUAAUUUAUUGAACGAUCUCUCAUGUUUCGUGCGCGCACAAUCGCCAUUAAUUUUUAAUUUUAAGUGAGUUUGUUCCUGCAGCGGAUGAUGAAGUGAGCAACGCAUUCGAACAUGCUUUCUCAAGCCGGGAUGGCAAACAAGAGACGGAAAGAUCUCUUAGAAUUAAAGAUUUUUUAGGCUGCUUUCUUUAUUUUUUGAACAAUUUGAACACGGUUGAAGUAAACUAUUAAUUCUUUUAUGUGUAUCUGGAAACGUUCGCGUUUCUUUGGAUUUGAUUUUUCGUUACCGAAGUUACUCUCUUGUUAUUUUUUUUUUGGCUUAUCAUACGGACACAAUCAAGCAGCUUCCGUUUGUUCCUUCUUUAGCAAAAGUAAAUUUAUAUACAUAUAUCAAGUUGUUAGAACACACAACACUAAUGCUAAUGUUGAAGACAGUGACUUUAGUGCAACCUGGUUGCUAAAAUAGACCCAAUCGGGAUGAAUGUCGGAAGAAGGCGAUAUCAGUUGUAAAAAGUGUAUUAGUUAUAAAUAGCCGUGACUUGUUGGAGUAAUAAAAAAAAGAAAAAAAUAGUAUCCAUAGAGUGGAAUUGGCAUGGAAUAAGGAUGACGUAUACGAUUAGAGCAUUUGCAAAGGUCUGACAUAACACUGGGCUGUGUAUAAGUACUUCCCAAUUCCCCGACUUUUACAAGCAUUCUAAAUUGUAACUUUGUCCCGGAUUGUUACGUGGAAAAGGACUUUUGGUACACCAUAGGUAUUUAUUAUCAGACAGGUACCUUCCUCGACUUUUGUUCCGUUAAAUUAUUAAAUUUCGUGAUCAUAACACAUUAGAACGUGGGAAAAGGGUGACUCUCAUUUGGACGUAUAAAUAGAAGAAACGGGAUUCAAAGUAAGAAUUAGGUGCUAGCAACAAUGUGACAUUGCGGGAAAUAAGUCCACUGGUUCUACCCGUUGACGAUAAGUAGCUUCGGUGUCCUUAAGGCAGGUAUGUUACUACCAAAUCACAAUAAACCUUUUAAAUCGUUAUCAAAUAUCUAGCCGUUCAUUCAAUCCAAAUAUAAACGAAAUUUAUCAGACUUCAAAAUGAUAGAAAAAGGAAACGCUUCCGACAUGCGGAAUAGAAACCAGUUCGACCAAGCGUAGAUAGUUCUUGAUAGAAGAAAACGUGUACUGUAAAAAUGGUUGAACUCGGGAUCGGCUACCGUGGAUUUUAGAACAUUAAAACAAACCAGUUUGGGGGGGUUCAACCUUUUUUGCAGUAAUCCUGUUCCAUGUACCUAUCUAUCUAUAACCUCCUGAAUAACCACGAUAGACUUGCAUCAAAAUAAACACAAUCUCAACAAUCCUACCUAAUCAGUAAAUCAAUUCCUCAACAUUCAACGGAUUUCGUUGAUGAAUGAAUAUCAGAUACUCAUAUAUUGAUAAUUUCAACCUUCCACUUUAGUGUCACAGUCCUUUCGUCUUCUAGAUAAAUUAAGCAAGAAACAGAAAGAAACACAAACUAUGUUAAUUUUCCACCUGUCUCUAGUUUAACACAAACUUAUGUUGCUAUUGUAAAUAACAAAAAAAAACUCCUCUAAUAGUAAACAUUUAAUUGAUAAACAAAGUGUUGAAAUAACAAAUCGAUGGUCGCUUUUACACAAUUAAGUCUUAGUUUUUCAAUUUAGUUAGCUAUAGUUAUAAUACGCAAUGCCUAAAGCAAAAUAUUAGUUUUCCUAAUGUUUCACAGUAACCGAACGACUACAUCAUACUGAUUCAUGAAUAGUUACAGUUUUAACUAGAAUAAUGCAUAUAUCAAAGAGCUGUUGAAAUGAGAGAAAAUAUAAUAUGAAUACUAA